AUGUCGAAACGCAAAGCUUUAUCGGUUGACGAAAAAGUAAAAAUUUUACGGGAGUUGGACGACGGUGUUAAAAAUGCCGAAAUCUGCAAAAGGUAUGGAUUGUCGUCAUCUACUGUUUCCACACUGCUAAAAAACAAAGGCAAGUUAAUGGAUGCAUAUGUCCAAAGUAAAACAGACUGUAAACGACUAAAGAAGUGUUCGAAAGAGGAUUUGGACGAAGCGUUAUUGAAAUGGAUGAAGGUGCAACGUAGUGCUGAUUUACCUGUGAGUGGACCUAUUCUAAAAGUGCAAGCAGAAAAAUUUGCUGAACAAUUUGGAUAUUCUGAGUUCGUGUGUUCGAAUGGAUGGAUUGAUCGUUUUAAAGUUAGACAUGGCAUAACUUUUGGAAAAAUAUGUGGUGAAGCGAAGUCCGCAAACAUGGCGGACAUUGCAAAAUGGUUGAGUGAAAAGUGGCCAGGCAUCAGAGAAGGAUACGCAGCAGAUGACAUCUAUAACGCUGAUGAAACAGGGAUAUUCUACAAUGUAACCCCACAGUAUAUCUUAAAAUUUAAGGGUGAAAAAUGCGUUGGAGGCAAGCUCUCUAAAAAUAGGUUAACAGCUUUAGUGUGUUCGAACAUGUCUGGCACUAACAAGAAAAAACUCUUUAUUAUCGGCAAAUCAAAGAACCCUAGAUGUUUCAAAAAUGUGAAAAAGCUACCAGUAGACUAUGAUCAUAGCCGAAAAGCCUGGAUGACUUCGGACAUUUUCACAAAAUUCAUUUCAAAAUGGGAGAGACAACUGCGGAGAGAAAAUCGUAAAAUUAUCCUUUUGAUAGACAAUUGUUCAGCUCAUCCCGAAAUCACUGGACUUACCAAUAUCAGAAUAGAAUUUUUGCCACCAAAUUCUACAUCUGUUAUCCAGCCUAUGGACCAAGGAAUCAUAAGAAGUUUCAAGUGUCACUUCCGUAAGCAACUGAUUUUGAUGAUUCUGGACCGUAGGGAUAGAAGUGGAACAACAUCAAAUACCAAUGUCAACGUACUGGAAGCGAUACGUUUGAUGAACGAUGCAUGGGAAAAUGUCACAUCAACAUGCAUCAUCAAGUGUUUCCAUAAGGCUGGAUUGGACAGUUGUCAAGACGAUCAAUCCACUGAAGAAGAAGAGGUUGAAAAUUUCAUACAAACUGCAAAUUUGGAAAUGACUGAAGAGGAAUUUCAAAACUAUGUAUCCAUUGACGACGAACUGAUGACCUCAGAUGUACCGACCACCGAAGAUAUUGUAGCUGACGUACUAGCGAAUUCAGCGGAAAAACAUGACGACAGCGAUGAGGACACUGAUGAAUAUGAAGAAAGUGAACCACCCCCAACUUGUUCUACUAUGUUGGAGUUCGCUGAAAAAAUGCAGACCUUUUUUGAAGCGAGGGAUGUCAGUGAUGAUGUUUUCCGGGCGAUGAGUCUUCUCCGAAGAACAAUAGCACAGGAAAGAGACAAGGAACGAGUUCAACGAUGGCUCGUUUGGGGAGGAAUUAUUCUUGGUUCCAGAACUGACCUGCAUGUUCAGAGUGUAACGAUGACAGGCCACAUCUAUAGGGAUGUCAUUCUGGAACAACAUGUACGUUUGUUUCGGGGCGCCAUGGGUGCUGAAUUUCUGUUUAUGGACGACAACACCCGUCCUCACCGUGCAAACAUUGUAGACGAAUGCCUUCAAUCGCAGGAUAUCACCCGUAUGGAUUGGCCAGCAUGCUCACCGGACUUGAAUCCAAUAAAGCAAGUGUGGGAUAUGCUUGGUCGACGAAUUGCAGCCCGUCAACCCCCUCCCACCUGUCUACCGGACUUUCGGAGGGCAUUUCUUGAUGAGUGGUGUAAUAUUCCCCAAGAUCAGAUUGAUAAUUUGAUACUCAGCAUGCCUAGGCGUUGUACGGCCUGUAUUGCAUCGUCCGGGAGACAUACUCCGUAUUAA